AUGCCGAUGAUAUCAUCACUUCUCAACACUAUUGCGCUUCAAGCGAAACCUAAAGGAAUUUUGGCCCAAAAAAAGAGCGGUCAGUCGUUGACGCAACGCAAUUACGUCAAGAGUGAAAGCGAACUUUCCUUCCCGAACUUGAAAAACAUCUUAAAUGCAGAAAAAUAUACAUUCGAAGUAAACGCUAGCAAAACGAAGACUCGUAAAUCAGCAUCGAAACGGUAUAAAGUAACCCCUAGUGGCAAGGUUUUACACCGACGCCCAGGAAAAGCACACUUGAACGGGCCGAAAUCUUCCUCACGUAAGAACCGUUUGAGCCAUGUUAUUGAGCUUGGUAAGCAGCAGCUUUCAUUAGUACGAACCGUACUUCCUUACUCCAAACUUGCUUCGAAGAGAAAAUAA